CGGGAUGAAGGAUGAAGGAUGAGGGAUGAGGGAUGAAGGAUGAAGGAUGAGGGAUGAGGGAUGAGGGGCGGUGUCGCCCGAGGCGCUUUAAAGGCUGGCGGGCGGCGGGGCCGGCGUGGCGGAGGAAUGGCCGAGGUGAAGGUGGCCGUGCUGGGCGGCAGCGGAGCCGGCAAGUCGGCGCUCGCAGUGAGGUUCCUGACCCGCCGAUUCAUCGGAGAGUACGCGUCCAGCGCCGAAUGCAUCUACAUGAAGCACUUGUGCCUGGAUGGGAGGCAGAUCCACCUGGAAAUUUAUGACCCUUGUUCACAGCCACAGCAGGGGAAGCUUUCCCUCACAGAUGAGCUCCACUGGGCUGAUGGAUUUAUCAUUGUUUACGACAUCAGCAACAGAGCAUCAUUUGCGUUUGCAAAAGCCCUGCUGUACAGGAUCCGAGAGUCUCACAUAGGAGUUUGUAAAAAAAUGCUUGAGUCAUCAAUAUUUUUGGUGGGCAAUAAACAGGAUUUAUGCCACAUGAGGGAAGUUGGCUGGGAUGAAGGACAGAAGCUGGCAAUAGAUAACAAGUGCCAAUUCUGUGAACUGUCUGCAGCAGAGAAUUAUCAGGAAGUUGUGGCAAUGUUCACCAAAGUCCUGAGGAAUAUCACUUCCAAUUUCAAAGUCAAAGAAAAGAGAAGACCAAGUGGUUCCAAGUCGAUGGCCAAAUUAAUCAACAAUGUGUUUGGAAAGAGAAGGAAAUCUGUGUAACAGAUUGUUAGUCUUGAAGUUGGAACAAGCUGAAAUAAUGGAGCAGAGGCAGCUCUUGGGAUUCACUGAAUUUCCUCCAAAGGUCAAUAUCUGGAGGAGUAAGACAGCAGAAACCAAAGGUGGGAGAUAGUAUGGUCUAGACCUAGAAGACCUGACCUUCUGUUUCAAGCUCUGCUACAGAUUUGCUGUUUAGGGCUGUGCCACUUACUCUGUAAGCUGCUCCAGAGGAGAGGUUUAGUCUGUAUUUAUUCAACACCAACAUGGUCUUGGAUAGAGCUUCUAGGUGCAACUGAAGUAUAAACAGUUAUUUCACAGGUUCACUUAUGUUGGAAAAGACCUUUAAUAUCAUCAAAUCUAGCCAUUAACCAAACACUACCAAAUAUGCCACUAAACCAUGUCCCUAAGUGCCACAUAAUAUCCAGUAAACUCAGCCUUGCUGAUCAAAAUCUUACUUCAGAAUUCUGAGUUUUGUGGUUUGUUUUUUUUUUUUGUGCAAGAGCAUUUGCACUAAAGGAAAGCAAAAUACUGUAGCUUCAUGUGGUAAUGUAUUUGCAUUUAACUCAGGUCCUUGUGUGCCUUACACUUGCUGAAAUUCAUAUGAAUUAAAUUAUUUUUCGACACCAAAUCUACAAAAGGUAAAUACCUGCGAAGCUGCCUUGCAUUGGCACCAGAAGGAGGGAAGCAGAUAUAUAAAGCAGUAUUGUCUUCUGUUCAGUAUCUUUUUUUUCUCUGUUCCAUGAGUGAUGAAAGAAAGUAGAGAGGGUUGAGGAGUGUGGGAACUGAAAUGUUAGUGAAAUGUUUGUCAGUGACUCUGGACUCUUUUGGCAAGGUUGUUGUUGGGUGAAAUAAUUUCACAGCAUAAGGCCCGGGUUGGUCCCUUUCACAGAACAGUUUUUGUGAGCUGUA